AUUUCAGUUCAAUGGGUGGGAUCCUAUUUUUUUCCUCCUACCGUCUAGGGUGGGUUUCCAAUGCAAAUGCAGUUCAAAACAAGCUAGGACAGGAUUAGUAAUUCUUGCCAUGCUACAGAAACCAGCGCAGCCAAAAGAGGAUGAUGAGGUUUAAGUGCAUAACGGGAGCACUCUCUUUGCGUCUUGGUUUGCAAAUACAGAGAAAGGACAUUUUAUGCAGUACAGGGGCAUGGUAUCAGGUCCAAAGACACAAGACAUGCUUUCCAAACAACUUUAAAGACUAUGAAGGCCUCAGACAACUGUACAACCCAGAAGUCCCCAACUAUUUUAAUUUUGCCAAGGAUGUGCUGGAUAAGUGGGCGGAGAAGGAGAAGCAUGGAGAAAAAUCACCAAACCCUGCUCUGUGGUGGGUAAAUGGCCAAAGGAAUGAGAUCAAAUGGACCUUUGAAGAACUUGCAUUCCAUUCAAGAAGAGUAGCCAAUGUUCUAUCAGGGCCCUGCAAGCUCCAGAUGGGAGACAGAGUGCUCUUAAUCCUACCCAGAAUCCCAGAGUGGUGGUUGGUAAAUGUGGCAUGCCUGAGAACAGGUAUGGUACUGAUCCCUGGGACCACUCAACUGACAGCCAGGGAUAUCCUCUACAGACUACAUGCCUCCAAGGCCAAGUGCGUCAUAACAGAUGAAUCUCUGGCUCCUGUACUGGAUACUGUGGCUCCUAAAUGCUCUUCUCUCAGAACAAAACUUCUUGUGUCAGACAGGAAGAGAGAAGGGUGGAUGAACUUUGGUGAGCUUUCAAGGACAGCAUCCAGUGACCAUGUCUGUGUAGAAACUAAAAGUGAAGACCCAAUGGCAAUCUUCUUCACCAGUGGUACUACAGGUUCUCCAAAAAUGGCUGAACAAAGCCAUUGCAGCUUUGGGAUUGGGUUGACUGUCAAUGGCAGGUACUGGCUGGAUUUGACAGAGCGAGAUGUGUUUUGGAACACCUCAGACACAGGCUGGGCCAAGACUGCCUGGAGCAGUGUCUUUGCUGCCUGGAUACAGGGAGCAUGCGUGUUUGUGCAUCAGAUGCCACGGUUUGAGACCACCACAGUGCUUGAGACACUGUGCAUUUAUCCCAUUUCAACCUUCUGUGCAACCCCAACAAUAUACAGAAUGCUAAUACAAGAAGAUCUCUCUCGGUACAAGUUUCAAAACUUGCAGCACUGUUUGUCUGCAGGAGAGCCCAUUAAUCCUGAAGUGAUUCAAAAAUGGGAAAGUAACACAGGACUAAAUAUCUAUGAAGGAUAUGGCCAGACUGAAACUGUUUUGAUUGCUGGCACAUUUAAAGGGAUGAAAAUCAAACCUGGGUCAUUUGGAAAGCCAUCUCCUACGUAUGAUGUACAGGUUGUGGACGAUGCUGGGGAUGUGAUGCCUCGCGGAUCUGAGGGAAACCUGGCCAUCAGAGUGAAACCUCACAAGCCCUUCUGUCUCUUUUCUGGAUACACUGAUGAUCCGGAGCGAACAGCACGGUGCUACAGAGGGGAUUUCUAUCUGACGGGAGAUCUGGGAAUAAUGGAUGAGGAUGGCUACCUUUGGUUUGUGGGUCGAACAGAUGAUGUCAUUCUAUCAUCUGGGUAUCGUAUUGGUCCUUUUGAAAUUGAAAAUGCAUUGAUUGAACACGAAGCUGUGGCAGAAUCCGCUGUGGUCAGCAGUCCUGACACCAUCCGGGGAGAGAUCGUAAAGGCUUUUAUUGUGCUGAAACCUGAAUUCAAGUUGCACAGCCAAAAUGAACUCAUAACUCAACUGCAGAAUCAUGUGAAGAAAUUAACAGCUCCAUACAAAUAUCCACGCAAGAUUGAAUUUGUCCAACAACUGCCCAAGACUUUGAGUGGCAAAAUAAAAAGAGCUGAACUACGGAACAAAGAGUGGGGAAUACCGUGAAGUGGGAGCACUGAUGUUUUAACGAGAACUAGCUCACCCUGGGCUCCUGAGUGCAACAUCUGGUUAAGGCAUUUGCAUGUACAGUGUAAGGGAAAUUUUCUUAAUUGACAAUGUGUGUUUUAUUCUUAUUUUUCUCUUCAUGACAAGGCAAGAAUCAUCUGUGACUUGAUUUGAGCUCAACUCAGAUUUAGCCAUGUAUCCCUUUACCUGUAUGACUUUUGAUUAAUGACUUAACUUUUUCUAUACAGUUCAACUUUGUUUGUGUGUGUAAUACACUGGCUGCUACAGGCAGGUUAUGGUGUGUGAUUGUAAAUAAGUGGCAUAACUAUGCAAUAAAUGAUUUGCUUGUUUAGCUA